UGUUACACUAGUUUGAGGUGAAAGUGAAACCAUGAAGCAAGAUCAUGCUUGCCAACCUCAACUCAAUAAGUGGAGGCCAGACAUCACAACUCCCAAUAAUUAAAAUACGAAUAUAGUUUUCCCUUUACAUUCCACACGGGAAAGCAAAAAAGCUUCCAUAAUUCACGUUAAGAAUCAAAUGCUAUCUUUCUCACCUUAUUUUGGCUUUUUCUAUAUAAACAUUUGCUUCAUUUCACGCGGUUCCAAAAAUCAUUAGAAAGACCUUGCUCUUUCUUUCUUCCAUUUUUUAAUUUUUCUCUUUCUCUUCCUCAUCUCUUACUCUGUUGAAGGCUUAAAGCAUCAUAGAGUUUGCAAUUAGCAAUUGGCACCAACUCCUACACACAAUUAACAUCAAUUAGAAUGGCUAAUGUGGUGGAAGUGAAAGUUGGUUUGCACUGUGAUGACUGUAUCAAGAAAAUCCUCAAGGCCAUCAAGAAAAUUGAAGAUAUUGAAACGUAUAACGUGGACACACAGCUGAACAAGGUGAUUGUUACGGGCAACGUCACAACUGAAGAAGUGAUUAGAGUUCUUCAGAAGAUUGGUAAGAAUGCAACUUCCUGGGAAGAUGCUUUGAUUGCCGAAAAGUGAAGUUUUAGUGUAGCUGCUCUAUACAAGUUUCCCCUUUUUGUUGUCUGAAUUAAACAUGUAACUUAUGGUACUGUACAAGCUAGCUAAGAUUCAAUGAUCUAUGAGUAUCUAAUUAUAUAUAUCAUCCUCCGUUUAUGUAA